UGUCAGAUUUCGAUGGCCGCAAUGUUGUGAAUUUUAUAUUUCGCGUAGUGUUUACUUGGCAAAUUUUAUUACUUUCCGCGUAUACAGCGUCACCGGGUCUACGUCCGUCCGCCGUAAAGUAUAUGUAACGCGCUAUUCUUAUUAGAAAUGCGAUGGAAACGUGCGCGUAACGAACGCGUAAGGCCGUAUUCUUAUGCGGUAAACGUAUCAUACGGUUGCGGUUUACGUUUGUUUUCUAUGUGAUGCUACUGCUAAUCAGAGGCUAACGAUGCCUUUUAAACUGUUGAAGAAGACGCGGCAGUACAACGUAGCAUCGAAAAGUCUGUUCGUGAUCAGUGUAGAGUUGUUAGAUGGAGGUGUAGCGGAUUGCACGCUCUCGGUUGAUUCUACGGGACAGGAAUGUCUGGACAACGUGUGCCAGCGGCAGGCGAUCAACCAGCCGGAGUUCUUCGGGCUCCGUUACGUGAACAGGCAGCAGCAGCCGCGAUGGGUGCAGUUGGAACGUCCGUUAAAGCGUCAGUUGGACAAAUACGCGUCUUCCCACCAACUGUACUUGCGUGUGAUGUACUAUGUGAUAUCGGGUACGAGUUUAAUAACAGAUGAAGUCACUCGCAACCACUAUUUCCUGCAGCUAAAGAAUGAUUUAGUGGAAGGACGGAUAAUCUGUGAUUGUCAGCAAGCAGUUGUGUUAGCUUCGUACAGUCGACAAGCAGAAUAUGGUAAUCAUGACCGGGAGCGGCAUACGGUAGAGUACUUGAAGAACUUGCUGACGUUUCCGAAGCAGAUGCUGGAUAACGGGCAGUUGAUUGAUGCAAGUACAUUGGCGGAGACGGGGAAGUUGGAAUGGCUGACUGCAGCAGUCAUACAGCAUCAUAUGGCAUUGCAUAAUAUGUCCCAGGCUCAAGCAGAAGAAGGCUUCAUCACAACAUGCCAACAACUGCGAGGUUACGGCCAGGAGCUGUUCUCGGCGAAGGACGCCGGCACGAGCGAGGAGGUCACUAUCGCCGUCUCGCUCACCGGCAUCCGAGUGCUGAGCGAGCAUAGCGACACGCCGCAUUUCUACAGAUGGUCAGACAUCACAAUAGUGAUAAACCGCAAGCGAACGUUCAGCAUCGAAUGCCAGCGGGCGAACGAGUCCGCCUCGUUCCUACUGCCCAGUCCAGAGGCCGGGAAAUAUGUGUGGAGGAGCUGUGUGCUGCAGCACACGUUUCAUAUGAGGCAUCAGCAGGCGUUGAACGCGCCGCAUGACACCACUACUAACUUCCAGCAGGAGAUUGGUCUCUCAGACAGCCGCGAAGAACUAGACUCCAGGGAAGCCAGCAGUUCACGUCUAGAGUCCAGUCUGAGCCUGUCACACCGAGCGCAUUCUACCUCCUGUCUCGAGCUGAGAGACGCACUUCCACCUCGCGCCAGAGUCCAACUACCACAGUACCGUCCCGCGCCCGACUACGAAACCGCCGUCCAACAGAAAUACCAACAACAACGCGCCGAAGCACAACUACGCUACCAAAACCACGCCGUCGCCAAACCUCUCGCCUAUGGCUCGCAUCCCGACAUACACCGCAUACACUAUCCCGACGUCACUAGACAUACGAUAAACCAGGCGGCCGCUACUGAUGACUACCUAUACGGCCUUAAAUACAUGAAUAACUAUCAGAUAGCUGUCCAUCCUGACGUCAAACCAAUGCAUUAUGUCAAUGUCUACAAACCACCACCACCUUACCCUUCAAAUGGUUUAGCUUCAAACUCAACACCAGAUUUAGCCGUUGCCAGCCAAGCGCUAAACUACCAUAGGGGUUAUAUCAACUCUCAUGUAUCUGGAUCUAGUCCUGACUUAGUCUCAACCAGAACUGCUUUGAACAGACUAGGUUAUAUACCUAAUCCUGUGGUCAAUUAUCGACCUAAUGCUAUGCCACAUGGGACUUAUAAUAAUCUAAAUUCAGUGCUAAAUCACAAUCCGCAUCACAUGAUCGAUCAGCAUAUUUCCGAUAACAUACAGAAGGUAUACGAUGAGAGAGGGAAUAUUAUGUAUUCUAUGCCGAUGCAUAGACUUAAUUAUCAAAGGCAUAUAGUGUUGCCACAACAGCAGAUAGCUUCGGGAAAAUUAAGCGAUACUCAUGAACCUAUUUAUGAAAACGUACCUUUACCGUGGCAUGAUAAAGUCACUAUGCGAGAUCGAGCGCAAAGUCUUACAACUACCGAUGAAAUAAAUAGAAUAAACGAGAGAAAUGGCAGUCAUCCAACUAUUAACAAAUAUGGGAAUCAUUCAAAACCUUUACUAAACGUGCCUUAUCAAAUAAAAGUCGAACCUGAUAGUCACUACGUAAACGCACAAAUAAUAAAAGGUGUUCGCGAAUCUAGCGUACCAAAAGACUUGAACAUAUCUAAUAGGUCUAUAAACAAAGACGAAUUCGAAACAGUAGCUUUAUCCAUCGAUAAAAUAUCUCUAAAAGACGAUAAUAAUUACGAUGAAACUCCAUAUCAAAGUCUCUCAACUCACCGCGUUUCGAAUAACAAUACGAUAAGUAAAACGAACGAUAACGUAACAAGCAUAAGCGUGCCUGAUAUACGCGUAAACGACUCAGCUUUGUCGAGUUCCGUCAUGAAUUCGACAUAUAGCACUAGCGUGGAGUUAGACUCAACGAAAAGCAGUGUUACUAUGAAUGUGAGUAGUAAUAGUAACGUGAGUAAAGAGAAGAAGCGGAGACGAUGGGGUGUGUUUAUGGGGAGGAAGGAAGUGAAAAGUGCGACCCUGGGGAGAGAUAGAGCGAAGCCGCAGCCCCAACCGGCGAACAAGCAUCGCUGGUCGACAGGCCUGCCCAAGUUUCAGCCGCUACCGCCCAGUAUUACCAAAGAAACUAUGUGUCAACUCCUAGAACGCAAGAUGUCCGACGACCAGCUCUCGUUCGCGUUCGAGCAGAUCCCCAAAGGCCGAGCCACGGGCGGCUCCGUCCGGACAGCUUUGCUACCUCAACACGCCGCCCUCAACGGACUGAGCGCGGACGAUUUACCCUAUGAAGACAAUAGGGUGAAGUUGCAUCCUACGCCAGCGAAUCCGCAUGGGUAUAUGAACGCGUCACAUAUCACGAUGACCGUAGGCAGUACGCAGCGCUUCUACGUGGUGGCGAAGGUGGAUCAUAACGUGCCCGCCGCCAUGCUGUGGGAAUGCGCGUGGCAGGUUGGCAGUAUACUAUUGGCUCGUGUGGGAGCCGAGCGACCACAUUAUUUACCGCCUGAAGACUGUACUGCUGACAUUGGCAAGUUCCAAGUAACAUCGAUGCGUGAAUCUCGCGCUUCUUGGGGUGGGUCGGUUCAGCUGCGCGUGCGCUGCGGCGGCCGCUCGAGGACGGUGUGGCACGUGCACUAUCGGCUGUGGAACGAACCGGCACCGGAACUAGUUCAGCCAUUCCUUGAAUUUCUAGCGGAACUAAACGGGCUCCGCCUAGCGUGCGAGACGGAAGCGGACGCGCUGGGCGGGCACAACGCGCCGCUGCUGGCGAGCUGCGCGGGCGGGGCGGCGCGCGCCGGGCUCGCCACGGCCGCCGCAUUACUGCUGCACAUUGUCGACUGCAACCAGGAGCUUGACAUCCCUCGCACCAUAGGCCUGUUACACCAGCAACGAGCCAAUCUCAUCAGCAACGUGCAACAAUACAAGUUUCUGCACCAACUGCUCCUACACUAUCUCAAGCAAUCGCGACUCAUUUAAAACCUACCUCGAGGUAUUUAGACCACUAUCACAGGGCGGACACGCUAUACAUCAAAAAUCGCGUUUCUAUGUGUGAACGGCACGUACAUGCGGCAUGCGUCAUUGUGUGAGUAAGUUGCUUAAAAACAGUACUGAGCGGCCGGCGAAUGCCCGUCAAUCUGCUGUCGCGGGGCGAGGUACUUCGAGUCAGGGCGGGGCGGGGCGCGGCCGUUCUAUAUGAUAAUACUAUUACUUAUUCUGUGCCACUAUCCUGGCUCAUUUAGACUAUGGUCCGACUAAUGUCUACCUUACUUGAAAGUGUAAAGGUGACUUUGAUAGCGUACGACGGCGCUGAGGGAUUGACUAGUUACGACGCUUUUAGGUGUUCAAAAGGAUAAAAUCGCUGUCCCAAGGUAUUUGGAUCACGGUCGCGAGGUAUUUAGACCACAGUUCCGAGGUAUUUAGACCACAGUUCCGAGGUAUUUAGACCACAGUUCCGAGGUAUUUAGACCACAGUUACGAGGUAUUUAGACCACAGUUCCGAGGUAUUUAGACCACAGUUCCGAAGUAAUUAGACCACAGUUCCUAGGUAUUUAGCCCCAGUUCCGAGGUAUUUAGACCACAGUUCCGAGGUAUUUAGACCACGGUCCGACUGAUUAACACCACGAUUCGACUUAUUCAGACCACGGUUGCGACUCAUUCACACCGCGGUCAUGACGCGUUUUGGCAGCCGCAGAAAUUAUGGACCUGUCGGCAAGUUGUCUGAACCAAGACGAAAUUUUUUUACCAAUAGAGGAACUAAAUGUUUAGUUGUAUGUGAAAAACCAACAACUGCCUGGUAGGUCAAAACGAGCAUAUUUAUACAACCUUGAAUAAAAAAGGAACGAGAGAAUUUUAAUUAAUAAAGAAAAACUAGAUUUCCUGGGUUUUUUGACAAUGAAGUUUAAAAAGGGACAAGGUAAAGGAAAUGGAUCCGACGGUUACUUUCAGAAGAUCAUGUCGUGAAGGCAUUUGCGGCUCCUGCGGCAUCAACCUCCAGGGUGUCAACUGCCUGGCGUGCAUAACGGAGAUACCAAAAGAUAAAGUGAUCACUAUACUGCCGCUACCACACAUGUACGUCCAGAAACACUUAGUGGUCGAUAUGACACACUUUUUUCGUCAAUAUAAAUAGUAUCAGGCCCUAUCUUGUGCAUCCAGACCCCCUACCCAUGGGCAGAACGCAGUAUGCACAAAGUAUCUAGGACAACAGUAAGUUAGUUGGUUUGUACGAGUGCAUUCUAUGUGCUUGCUGCUCGACAUCGUGCCCCAGCUACUGGUGGAACGGCCGCAGAUUCCUAGGACCUGCUUCAUUGUUGCAUACUUACCGAUGGGUGAUAGACUCGAGGGACGCAGAUACAGAUCGGAGGCUGUGGGACGUCAGAGAUGACUUUAAAGCGUUCAGGUGUCACACUAUAAUGGUCUGCAUGUUGGUUUGCCCGAAAGGCUUGCAUCCAGCUCGACAGAUUUCAAGUUUGAAGCGGUUAAUAUCGAAAGUGGAGAAAAAACCGGAGCCGGAAUUGGAUCCUUUGGCGUUUGCCAAUGUGGGUAUAAAAUCGGCGUCUUCUUGUGGUCCAUCUGCUGGCGGAGGUGGGUGUAAAAGCAAGUGAAUCAAUAUUUUUAUUAGUUAAGCGCUUGAUUAUAUUAAAAUGCAUUUGUUGUUGUUGUUGUAAACAAAGGUAUUAAAAGGACAUAUUAAAAGGUUUCUAUAACUAUGACCCCUCAGAUGUAAAAAAUAAAUAUCAGGGGACAUCUUACACAGAUCAACCUAGCCCCAAACUAAACAAAGCUUGUACAGUCGAGUUCAUAAAUAUGUAUACAUUUCUUCACCCUAAUCCAUUGCCAUAAAGUGAAAAAAUGUAUACAUAAUUAUGAACCUGACUGUACUAUGGGAGCUAGACGACGAUAUAUGUACAUACUUAUAUAGAUAAAUACAUACUUGUAUACAUAGAAAACACCCAUGACUCAGGAACAAAUAAUAUGUAUGAAUUUGUAACGAAAAUAUUUUGUCGCAGUUUUGGCAGACAAAAAAAAUCUUUAUAAAGGAAACGCCUAAUGAUAUUGAUAUUCAGUUGUUUUUAUACAAAAACUACCCUAUAUAACCAGAAAAUAAUAUCGCAUGCUGUUUAUGUAAGCGCCCUAUGAUUGAAAAUGUUUUCAGAACAUUGUAUUUAUAAAUAUUUUAUAUUCAAAACGAGAUUGUAAAGUAUAAUGAAAUGAAUUGUUGUGCAUAUUUGAUUGAUAAUUUUAUAGCCCUACGGCGUUGUAUGAACUGUUUUACUAUUGUAUGAGACGCAUGCAGUAUUGUAUUGUUAUUUAAAUUAAGCGAGUUUUUAUAUUGUGCCUUUAUAGUUUGACACUAUCGAUAUAAUAAUGAGUAACAAUAAUUUAUGUGACUGCUACAUAAUGAAAGGCAUUAAAAUACGAGUGUGGGUUUAUGAAACUCGCUUUCAGCUCGUUUCAUAAAACAUCACACGAGUGACCUGUCAAUAUUUAGAAGCAAAGCCAAUAAUCGUGUCAUUAUUAUGUGAUAGUGUCACAAUAAUUUCUAAUUUGAUCUGCUCAAAAAAAUAUUCAUAAUUAGUAGAUAUGUCAGUGGGCAUAUAAGUUUAUCAUAGUACUUCUAAUCGUUAACUUUAACAACAAAAUUUUCUAAUUAAUGAUAAUGAUGAACAUUGAAUAGGCACAGCCUAAUUUGUAAAGCCAGUGCACACCGCAGACGUGCGCGUUGUAAUAUAUGGAAGCUUAUGAGAAGUGGCACACUGCUUGCGUCACGUGUGCGUGUACGGCUCCAAGAUUUUAGCGCUAGCGCACGUGUCGGUGUGCUCUGGCCUGCAUUGUAUUAUAUGUAACUUAUUAGCAAAACUGAAUUAGUUAAGAUCACAUGUUUGUCGAAAAACUAGUCAAGGGUUUUUGAAAUAAGUUACAAAUACAUAAAGCUCAAUUUUUUUUUUGUUUUAGUUCUUAGCAGAUCAAAUUGACUAAUGCGUUGUAUAAUAAGCUCUAACAUAUUUUUCUUAAGACGUAUUUUAAGAAAUCGUGUGCCUUAACUCGGAGAUUAUAAUAGGGAUCUGAAGUUAUUCUCGUGUGCCUUCGUAGUUAGUUAAUUUUUAAUUGAAUUUUAUAAACUUAUUAAUAUUUUUUAUAAAUUUUUGGCUACAAUUUGUUAGUAAUUUAAUAAACUGUUGUAUACAAGUCACAAUUUUAUAACGGUUUGGUCGAGAAAAAUUUAAACGGCGCUAAUAGUAAAAAUACCUGAUAAAAAAAACUCAUAUUUAAUAUAGGAAUUUUUGUCCAUCAGUGGAUUUAUGAAUAUGUUAGGUACUUACUACUUACCACCCACGGGCAAUAAAAGACUUUUCAUUAACCCGUUUCCAGGUCGCACCAAUCUACAAGAUUUACCCAAAAAAUUCUAAUAUAUUCCAAUUAAUCCAGCUCUGAUCCAAUCUCGUUUGAAUCUUAAAAAGGAAUGCUGAACUGAAGUUGAAAUUCUAUUGACACGUAUGUGGUCGAUAAAUCGUACUAUGCCUGGAAAAGGGUUAAGGAGUGAACUACAAACACCCGAGAUUUCAAGAGAUAAUGUGCAUUGGAGUGAGUUUGAAAGUGGGAUAGUUUUGCAAGUGGCUAAUAUCUACUAAGAAGCACUUUCCAUUGUAGCAACGUUCAGUAUUAACUAUGCUUAUAAGCGUUGCAGUAGCGUAAGUGUUGCUAUAGUAACAAAUGUUUCUGGUUUAGUAUAUUACCCAUUUUCAAAAUAAUUAAAGCUACCCCAUGCACCUUACAUAAGUAUACAGUGUGGAAAGAAUGAAUGGGCCCUGGAGGGAAAGUACCUCAAAACCUUAAGUUAGCUCAUUUUGCUUAAAGGACACAUUAUUUUAUUUUUGAAAAUAAACAAAACUAGUUUUUUUUUUUUUUUUUUUUUUCAAUUUUGUCUAAAAAUAUUCUUGAAUACUAAAUAUUCGAUUUUAUGGAUAUUUUGUACGACAGACGAGUGUAAGGCCUAAUGUUUAUUGGAGAAAUGUUAUGAAGUAUAUGAAUAGUAGAAUAAAAUAGCGAGUGUUUAUUUAUUUUAUUUUUUUGUCGGUUCGAUUCCCGGGUGAAACAAGCUAAUUUUAAAAAAUCUUUUAAUGCAGUUUUGUUUCUUUUUAAAAAUAAAAUAAUGUUGCCUUUGAGCAAAAUGAGCUCACUUAAGGUUUUAGGGCACUUUCCAUCCAGGGUCUAUUCAUUCUUUCCACACUGUAUAUUUGUACAACCCUUAAGAAUCUUCUGCAAAAUUGAUAUUUUUAACAUGAAAUUUUAAACGCUCUAAAAAUAUGUAAGUGUAAUUCCCUAAACAUUUUUACAUGUUUUAUGCCUGUGUUCAUUCAGUAAAACUUAUGAUUGUAUUAUAUCUAGUCGAAAGGCAACUCCAUAUUAAGUCUAAGUAACGAUAUGUUUUGCACAAACUUGUUAAUCUCAAGUUUUAUAUGCAUUUUAUUUUCCAUCGGUCAAACCAAUGAUAUCUAAUGCAAUAACUUUUACUGACUUAUUGAGUAUUUGUAUUUCUUUGUGAAAUAAUUGAUAUUUAUAUUAUUAAAGAUUUUUUUUGUA